UUUUAAAUGUAAUUUCAGAUCUCUACAAUGCUGCGAGUUCUAAGGCGAAAAUGUUUUUACUGCUUGAAAUUUCACGAGAAGCCUGUUCAAAUGAAAACAUACUUUUCUACAAGAGCAACGGAAAAGGUUGAAAUCGAGUGUGGUGGAAACAGCAAGCUUGAGAUCAGCACCGGUCAACUUGCUAGACUAGCAGAUGGUACAGCAGUUGCCAGGUUAGGGAACACCUCUGUAAUGACAACUGUUGUCUCCAAGGGAAAACCUUCUGCUCAAGGUUUCCUUCCUCUUACAGUAGAUUACAGACAGAAAGCAGCUGCUGCUGGUCGUAUUCCAACCAACUAUCUACGGCGGGAGCUGGGAGCUUCUGAGAGAGAAAUAUUGGUUGGACGGAUGAUAGAUCGGAGUAUACGACCUCUGUUCUCUCAAGGAUAUCAAGUAGAAACAGGAUUGAACUGUAAUCUCCUGUCUGUGGAUGGAAUACAUGAUCCUGAAGUUCUGAGUAUAAAUGGUGCUAGCGCAGCACUCAGUAUAUCUGAUGUACCCUGGGGUCCAGCUGUUGGAGCGGUCAGGUUAGGUUACUGUAGUGGUCAGAUAUUGGUAAACCCGACCAGAAAAGAAUUGACCCACAGCGAGCUGAACCUAGUGGUUGCUGGAACUAGAGAUGGGUUGGCAACUAUGCUGGAAGGUGAAGCUAAAUGUUUAGACCAUAAAACUUUCAUCGAGGCAAUUCAGGUUGGAUUAGAGCACUGUGCUCGUAUAGCGCUAAGUAUAGAGAGCCUGGGAGAGAAGGUAGGAAGGAAGAAGAGAGAAGUUGGUGGAGAAACUACUGUACAACAAGAUCAGGAUUUAUUGUAUCUUGUGGAUACUUUGUGUACUGCAAAACUUAGAGCUAUUUAUACAGAUUACAGCUUGGAUAAACAGUCUAGAGAUGGCAAAAUGUUUAAAGUUCGUGACGAAAUGAUAACUCAGGUAAAGAGUAUUAAACCUGAAGCUGAGAGUUCCAUUCUCUCUGAUAUAUUCAGCAGUGUCAGUAAAACAAUCAUUAGAAAUCUCAUCUUCCAGGUAAAGAUAUUUUCAAGGAAAUGGUUGUCUAUACUCUGCAUGCAUUAUACAGGGUGUUAUAGAUAUAUACUAGGUGGCGUGAAGGAGAAGAACUUUAUGCUCCACUAUGAGUUCCCUGGAUAUGCUACUGGAGAACUAGGUCGAGGAGGCUCAAGAAGAGAACUAGGACAUGGAGCACUAGCAGAGAAAGCUCUUAGACAAGUUCUUCCUUCAGGAACACCUUUCACCAUCAGAUUAACUUCUGAGGUUCUUGAAUCCAAUGGUUCUUCAAGUAUGGCCAGUAUAUGUGGAGGCUCUAUGGCACUUUUAGAUGCUGGUUUACCUCUAUCUGAGCUGGCUAGUGGGGUAGCUAUGGGUCUAGUAUCUAGGGAGGGGGAGGAGAAGGUUCUAACAGAUAUCAUGGGGAUGGAGGACUAUCUUGGGGAUAUGGAUUUCAAGCUAGCUGCUACAAGAUCUGGAGUAUGUGCCUUGCAAGCUGAUGUUAAACUCCCCGGCAUUAGUUUAGAUGUUAUUAAAGAAGCUGUUGAGGGGGGUAUACAAGCUAAUCAUAAGAUACUGGAUAUAAUGUCAGCUUGUAUACAAGAACCAAGGGAAUACAAGGACUGCUGGCCUGUAUCUCGAAAGCUUGAAGUGCCUUCACACAAACGAGGAAAAUUUCUUGGUCAGGCUGGUCUUAAUGUACGAAGAAUUACGCAGGAGACUGGCGUUCAAAUAUUCGCCGAGGCGGAAGGAACAUGGCAAUUGUUUGCCCCUAACCCAGACUCUAUGGCGGAGGCAGAAACAAUUAUUGAAAAUAUUUUGGCGGAAGAAAAAGUUCCAGAACUUGAAUUCGGAGGUAUCUACUCUGGACGUAUAACUGAGAUCCUGGAUCGAGGUGUGAUGCUUGAGCUUCAUGAAGGGAUUAGUCCUGUUCUUCUUCAUAACUCUCAACUCAGUGCUCAGAAGAUCCAGCAUCCUAGUGUAUUGGGUCUCAAGGUUGGAGAGAAUCUCCAGGUUAAAUACUAUGGAAGAGAUCCUGCUACUGGACAGAUGAGAUUAAGCAGAAAAGUACUCGCUGUGAGCUCAGCAGCAGCUGUGAAAAACCUGCAGAAAUCCACUAAACCCCUCCAAAGCUCCGCCAAAAGAGAAGAUGUACCUGACAAUUCAGCAAUUAAUCCACCAUUACGCCCCCGCCUGCAAAUCAAUGAGAACAGAGCAGAUUUCUUCUCCCCACAAGAACCUGACCCUCGACAUGACCAGCCUAGAAGGGAACCGGUUUUAACCAGGAAAGACUUGUUCCUGAGACCUAAGAAUGUUCAGAAGGAAGCGUUCAAGGUUAGCAGCAAAGUUCCUGAAACAUCUGUGGAGGAGAAUCCGGAAGGCAACAGCAAUGAAGUAAACCUUCAGGAAAAUAGCAAUGAAGUAAACCUUGAGGCAAAGAGCAAUGAAGUAUACUGCGAGGAAAAGAGCAAUGAAGUAAACCUUAAGGCAAAGAGCAAUAAGAUAUACUGCGAGGAAAAGAGCAAUGAAGUAAACCUUGAGGCAAAGAACAAUAAAGUAAACCUUGAGGAAAAGAGCAAUGAAGUAAACCUUGAGGCAAAGAACAAUAAAGUAAACCUUGAGGAAAAGAGCAAUGAAGUAAACCUUGAGGCAAAGAGCAAUGAAGUAUACUGCGAGGAAAAGAGCAAUGAAGUAUACUGCGAGGAAGAGGACAGCAAUGAAGUCUAUUAUGAGGUUGACAGGUUGCUCAAUAAACUCAUGGCAAUCAGCAUGGAGAUCAAGGAUGCUUCUCAAAGAAAGGAGAAUGUGGACCGUGAAUGGGGUUUUGUAAAGGAAGCUCUAUCGAGUAUAGAACAGUCCAGUAAUACUUCAAGAAUACUCAGUCAAGCUUUUAACUCUGAUAAAAUAGAACUUUGUAAAAAGUUUUCUACACAAUCCAAGGCGAUUAACGAGACCCUUCUCCUGCUCACCAGACAGUACAGAGAUAUUAAGGAGGAACUGGAGACAGCUAAACGUAUAUUUAUCAAGCACAAGAUCCCUGAGAAAUCUGCAAGUGACUUGGUUAAAGAUGAUGAAGUCUGUAUUAUAUCUGAACCUGAAUCAGGGUUAGAUCUUGAAUCUAAAUUAGGAUCUGAACAUGUGUCAUCAGGAACAGAGAGAUAUAACAGAGAAGUGAUUUCUGAUCUAGUCAAGGAAACCCUAAGUCCACCAUAUUAUGAACGUAUGCGGAGAAAUAAUAGUUAUGAACCUGGAGUAUCUUCUUGGGAGGACCCGGCCAGACAUUUUAAUGCCGAUGAUCUGCUUACCAGAGAUAUCUGGACCAAACCCAUCCCGUUCCUGUCCAAUCCAGACCUGGAGCUAACCCAACCACAACCUCACUCAACACAAUACUCUCAAAGUAAAGACUCCAAGGUUGAUUCUGAACUGAAACCAGACUUGAAACCAGAUUUAAAAAGUUCGUCCAAAAACUUGAGUUCUAAAGAAACGCUGACACUGUAUUUAAGUAACAUGCAGAUUGAGAAGAAAUCUUCUAAAACGUCAAACCUUGCUAAGAAGAAAGUGAAUGUUCUUCACGCGCAGAAAACAAGAAUGAAGUUGAUCGAAGAAAUUAGUAAAGAAAUGGAUAAUAUUCAUGAGAGGUUUAGCUGUGGCACUGAUAUCCCCUCUACUCUGAAAAAUGACAAAGUUUCAAAUAUUGUUCGUAAAAAUUGUCAAGAUUUUAAUACCUUGGUUCGCUGGCUUUCUCAGCUUGACAAUUUCAAUGCAGCCAGACUGAAGGAUGUAACAGAAGGCGCUAAAUCAAUUCACAGAUCUCUGAAAAAGAAUCUUGAAAAUUUGGACGUGAACAAGAAAUUCCUCAACUACAACAGUUCGGCCAUUAAAUUUAUUGGUCGCCAUCUUGGUAAACCAGAUCAUCCUCUGGUUGGGCUAGCGCAGAAGAACACGCAGAAACUUGCGGCAUUGUAUGAGCAGAACCUCGAAUUUCUGGCGAGGGACUGUUCACUUCAUUCAAGACAAGAUCAGAAUCCUAACAUUGUUUGGGAAGAGUACUGUCGACUUAGUCAUCAGCUUAAGCAGAUAACAGAUCGGUUGUGGGAUAUAGAGCUGAGUGAGGAGAGGGUAGCCGACCUUGACGACUGGAGGGAGGAGAGUAGGGACAUGAUGUCCUCUAGCCUCCAGUACAAACUGGAGAUGAUAGAUGAGGUGCAAGAGAGGAUAGACGGGUUCACCAAGUUUGAGAUGGAGAAGAACUGGAGCAAUGUAGAGAAGAAUAUUCAUGUACUACAGGGAUUAAAAGUAGAAGGUCUUCAAGAAUGGCUGUCCUCUACACAAUCCCUUCCAGACUGGAUCAGUCAAGAACUGAAGGAUCAUUUACUGGAGAGAUGUGACAAAUAUUUAGAAUUGGAGACAAACAGAAAACAGAUUCAGAACUCCUGGUUGAAUUUACGAGGUAAAGACGACUCAUUAAACCUCUCCCUUGACGUACUUUACUCCCAGAUGAGAACCUGCUUUGCGAAGGUUAAAUACUCAUACUUGGAGAAUAGGAGACAUAGAAGUGAAAUAAGCACUUAUUUUAUAAAAUGGAGUACCAUUAAGAUUGCAGAGUAG